GUGAAAGAGCUUCGGAGUGGACCGCAAUCAUGGCCGCAGAACGGAAACCGGCAUUCUUCCAGUCUCUCGCUGCUGGUGGAUUGGCGGGAACAGCGGUCGACCUACUUUUCUUCCCGAUAGACACCGUCAAGACGCGUCUGCAGUCUGCACAGGGAUUCGUCAAGGCCGGCGGCUUUCGCGGGAUUUACAAAGGUGUGGGCAGUGUGGUUGUUGGAAGCGCCCCAGGAGCUGCUGCAUUCUUCUCUACAUAUGAAGCCAUGAAGCACUCGAUUCCUCUUCAUGGCCAACUUGCGCCUGUAAACCAUAUGUUAUCUGCGUCUGUGGCAGAAGUGGCUGCUUGUUUGAUACGUGUUCCUACAGAAGUCAUCAAGACCAGGACGCAAACAUCGAUGUAUGGUGCUUCGGCAUCUUCGUUUAAAGCCGCAACGCUGGUCCUGCAACAUGACGGCAUUCGAGGGUUCUAUCGUGGUUUUUUGACUACUAUCAUGCGCGAGAUACCCUUUACAUCACUCCAAUUCCCGCUAUAUGAGUUUCUCAAAUAUCGAUUAUCAACACAUCUGGACCGAAAACCCCUAUAUGCACACGAGGCUGCUGUCUGUGGGAGCAUAGCUGGGGGGACUGCAGCAGCGCUAACAACGCCGCUCGAUGUCCUUAAAACACGCGUCAUGCUCGAUCUUAGAGACCCUUCGAAGCAGCAAGUGCCAAGUCUUCCUAUGCGACUUCGGCAAAUCUACGUGCAAGAGGGCACAAAGGCUCUUUUUGCAGGUGUAGUCCCGAGAACGAUGUGGAUAUCUGCAGGAGGAGCUGUAUUCCUCGGCGUGUAUGAAUGGGCCGUUCAUGGUUUUAUGAGCGCCUAAGCGAGAUGAUUAAUUGCGCCUACUCGUUCACCAUAUCAUUUGUUUACAACGGACAACAAGAUCAAUAGCAAUAGACUAGAGUCAGCUUUGCUGUUUUAUGCUACUCAAAAUACCCAGUGCCCAACUUUUGUCGCCGUAAAGCUUCUCGGCGAAGAAAUUGCCUAAAACAUCCUGCAACUGUCCAAUAGUCACAGUAUCCCCAUCAUCUGUUGCAUCCAAUGACUCAGGCAUGUCUGAUGCAGGAUGCAGAACAUGCAAAGCGGUC